AUGGAAGAAGUAGUAAUUUCUCAAGGAAGUAGUAAAAGCACAGGAGAUAUCGAGCAUUACGAUGAGCAUUAUGAUACGUAUCAUGAUGUUAGUAUUGAUGAUACUCGCAAACUUGGCAAUGACUGGGAGAAAAAGAAACUUUACUAUAACACAUUUGACGGUGACUCCUCUUUCUCUAUUACUCCCAUUAAGAGAGAUAACUAUCGGGCGGAUAACAGAUAUUAUGUGCUCCUGCUCUCUACCUUUCUGAUGUUUGGUGGGUAUUUUUGAAUGGACCAGCCAAACGCUCUAUCGAAGCAUUUAGAGCAAAGUUUAACUGGUGAAAGUGCCAUGAAAUAUAACAUGCUGUAUUCAGUUUAUGCUUAUCCCAACAUAAUUAUGCCUUUCUUUGGAGGAGUUUUCAUUGAUAAGGUAGGACUCAAAUCAGCCUUAAAUAUACUCUUUGCUUUAUGAAUAGCUGGCCAGGCAUUCUUCACAUUCGGAGGAUAUAUUGAAGGUAGUCAUGGUUACACCAUGGCGCUGUUUGGAAGAUGCUUAUUUGGGAUGGGAAACGAGUCCCUGAACAUAGUUCAGAGUAUCUUUGCAAAUAAAUGGUUCAAAGGCAAAGAGCUUGCCUUUGUCUUAGCUCUUGGAAUGAGUGUUGGAAGGCUAGGAAGCACUUCAAACAAUCUGCUUAUGCCAAUAAUGGCAGAUAAAUUAUGUUUAAGUGCUGCUUUGCUUUUUGGGCUCAGUUUAAUUUGCAUAUGCUUCUGAUCUGGACAAAUCUUACUCCGAUUUGAGGAAAAUGCUCAAAGAAGAGAGCUCCCGGUAAAUAACCCAGGUAAUGAUGAGAAAUUAGAUUUCUCAUCACUCAAAAAAUUCCCUCUGAGCUACUGGUUGAUAUGAUUAAGUUGUGUGAGUGUAUACUCCUCAAUCUUUCCUUUCACAAAUAUUUCGAACAGUAUGUUCAUGCAUAAAUACGAUCUCAGUUUAACAGUUGCUUCGAGGCUGACUAGCUCAAUCUUCAUUAUAGCUGCUUUGUUGUGAGCUACUUUUGGAUUUUUGAUCGAUAGAGUUGGAUAUAGAAUAUCAUUUGUGGUAUUCUCAUCCUUCUUAUUGCUCACUGCUCACACUUCCUUCCUUGUCAUGCCUGCCUGAGAUGGAUGCUAUGAAGGAUUAUUCCCACUAAUCUGCAUUGGAAUAGCUUAUGCAAUCUAUGCAGCAGCUCUUUGGCCGAUGAUACCCAUUGUGAUCAAGGAAGAGUAUCUUGGAACUGCAUUCGGAUGAGCGAUUGCUAUUCAAAACGCAGGAUGUGGAUUUGGGCCAAAUAUUGUAGGGUUCCUCCAAAAUUACGACACUUCCUAUCGUAGCACUCUGAUUUUCUUCAUGCUUGUGUCUAUCUUCGGAAUUCUGUGUGAAAUUGUGCUAUAUUUCACCAGUAAGAAGUAUCAUUCAAACAAGAUUCAGCUUCCAAGUGACAAGAUAGCUGAGAUAGAAUCCAAAGAAUAUGAAAAUUAAUAUCCUGAAAUUUUGAAAAAUCUAAUUCUACCCUUG